AUGCUUGCCACCGCCCUCGCCGCACUCCUCUGUCUGCUCCCUUCGACCGCAGCGCACGGACCCAAGACGCCACAAGAAGUGGCCGCUUUUCAUGCGCGGCAACAAGGAGCUUAUCACUGUGCGCCGAUAGUCGAAGCCAUGACUCAAGCUCGCAAGCGCUCCUGGGCUCAAAAAGUGUUGGGUGUCGGUGUGGGUGGAGAAGCGGGGGAGAUUGCAGAUUCCAACACAUACAUCGAUGGCUACUUCGAGAAGCACUCCGAAGAGGUCAGGCAGACCAAAGCAGCCGAGGAGAAGGAGGAGGCAGAGAAGAGGAAGAAUGGCAAACAGUUGAUGGAAUGUUAUCCCGAGACUACUGCGUCCUCGAUCAAGAAUUCCACUUGCGUCCUCGCUCCAGAAGUCACACCUGGUCCCUACUAUCACACUUCGGGUCACCCCAUCCGGAACAACAUGGCAGAGUGGCAAUUGGGUCUGCCUUUCGUGAUGAAUGUUGGCGUCAUCGACGUAGAGACUUGCAAGCCGGUACCUAACGUUUUGGUAGACUUGUGGCACGCCAACGCAACCGGUUUCUAUGCCGGUCACAAUCCCAAACCUAAAGAGGUCGUCGCACAGCCCGCUACGUCUGGCAUCAGGAGAGGUCUGUUGCCCGCUUUCAAACGGACGGAUGACACGGCCACUUGGCUCAGAGGUGCUUGGCCCACGGAUGGAAAUGGUGUGGCUCAAUUCACUAGCGUCUUCCCUGGCUACUACACUGGUAGAGCGACGCAUGUCCAUCUCAAGGUUCACCCAGAAUGGAGAACCUUGCCCAACGGUACCUUUGAGAGCCGUAGGCUUGUGCACACGGGCCAAUUCUUCGUGGACGAUCUGCUGAACGAGGAGAUCGACAAGCUUCAACCCUACUCCGAGAACCCUAUCCGGCACCUGUCCGGAAGAGGUCGCACGCGUAAUUGGGAAGACUCUUUGCACAUUUUCGAUGAAGCUCAUCGAGGUGGCUACAUGCCCACAUUCGACAUUGAGCCCUUGGGCAUGGUUCUCUCGCAAGGUCUGGUCGGCUUCGUCACCGUCGGUGUCAACAUGAGCGCAAACUUUGAGAGCGUCUGGCACCCCAACAUGGGAACGCCUGACCCAGUCGUCGUGCCCAAAAAAGAAGGCCCUAGGAGCGUCGAGCUAUGA